CCCCCUGCCUGGCUGGGCAGGCGUUUCAGUCGCUCGCGGCCGCGGAGCUCAGCGGAGGUUCAGCUGCCUUUUCUGGCUCGCCGUUGGGAUCAUCCUCCUGGCCCCGCCAAACGGACGGGGGGAACGGUCCCGACUGCGGGGCCAUGGCAGUAGCCUCCUCGUCCUUCGCUGCCGCUAGUUCCGCCGAGUCGCCGGCUUCUGCGCGAGGGAUCCCCACCACCUCCGCAGGCUAAGAGCCUCUGCCGCUUCCGAGCUGUGAGGGCUACUAUGCUCCCACUUUGCUGUUGCCUCCGCCUCCCGCCCGCGCCGGCACCCCUCUGGCUGCUCAGUCCCGCCUCAGGUGAAUAAAUUGAGGAAGAGAAUUUAAGAGACUUGCCCAGAUCAUACAGAGAGAGACACAGCGAGAGAAGGAACACAAGCAGGGGGAGUGGGAGAGGGAGAAGCAGGCUUCCCUCCCGAGCAGGGAGCCUGAUACUGGGCUCCAUCCCAGGACCCUGGGAUCAUGACCUGAGCUGAAGGCAGCCUCUUAACGACUGAGCCACCCAGUGUCAAACUGGAAGAGAAGUAAAACUCAACAAAAUUUUAUUAUGUGUGGAGUUCCUUCUUAAAAGAAGAAAAAAGUGAUUAUUGAGACUAUGGAUCGGAGCAAACGGAAUUCAAUUGCAGGCUUUCCUCCACGUGUGGAGCGUCUUGAAGAUUUUGAAGGAGGUGGUGGAGGAGAUGGGAACAUGACCCAAGUGGGAAGAGUUUGGCCAUCUUCAUAUCGAGCUCUUAUAAGUGCCUUUUCUAGACUGACGCGUUUAGAUGACUUCACCUGUGAAAAAAUAGGGUCUGGCUUCUUCUCUGAAGUGUUCAAGGUGCGCCACCGAGCUUCUGGCCAGGUGAUGGCUCUUAAGAUGAACACAUUGAGCAGUAACCGGGCAAACAUGCUGAAAGAAGUUCAGCUCAUGAAUAGACUCUCCCAUCCCAACAUCCUUAGGUUCAUGGGUGUGUGUGUACAUCAAGGACAGUUGCAUGCACUUACAGAGUAUAUCAACUCUGGAAACCUGGAACAGUUGCUAGACAGUAACCUGCAUUUGCCGUGGACUGUGAGGGUGAAACUGGCCUAUGACAUAGCAGUGGGCCUCAGCUACCUUCACUUCAAAGGCAUUUUCCAUCGAGAUCUCACAUCUAAGAACUGCCUGAUAAAGAGGGAUGAGAAUGGUUACUCUGCAGUGGUAGCUGACUUUGGCCUGGCUGAGAAGAUUCCUGACGUCAGCAUGGGGAGUGAGAAGCUGGCCGUGGUGGGCUCACCCUUCUGGAUGGCACCUGAGGUUCUCCGAGAUGAGCCCUAUAAUGAAAAGGCGGACGUGUUCUCUUACGGUAUCAUCCUCUGUGAGAUCAUCGCCCGCAUCCAGGCUGAUCCGGACUAUCUUCCCCGCACAGAGAACUUCGGGCUAGACUAUGACGCUUUCCAGCAUAUGGUGGGAGACUGUCCCCCAGACUUUCUGCAGCUCACCUUCAACUGCUGUAAUAUGGACCCCAAACUGCGCCCAUCCUUCACGGAGAUUGGGAAGACCCUGGAGGAAAUUCUGAGCCAUCUACAGGAAGAAGAGCUGGAGACGGACAGGAAGCUGCAGCCCACAGCCAAGGGACUCUUGGAAAAAGGACCUGGGGUGAAGCGACUGAGCUUACUGGAUGACAAGAUCCCUCCCAAGUCCCCACGCCCAAGACGCACUAUCUGGUUGUCUCGAAGCCAGUCAGACAUCUUCUCCCGUAAGCCCCCACGUACAGUGAAUGUCUUGGACCCGUACUACCGGCCACAACGAGGUGGUGCUGCCUGCACCCCCAAAAUCAACCCUUUCAGUGCUCGCCAGGACCUCAAGGGUGGCAAGAUCAAGUUCUUUGACCUGCCCAGCAAGUCUGUCAUCUCCCUGGUAUUUGACUUGGAUGCACCAGGGCCCGGAACUCUGCCUGUGGCGGACUGGCAGGAGCCCCUGGUCCCACCUGCUCGCCGGUGGCGUUCUUUGCCUGGUUCACCAGAGUUCUUGCAUCGAGAGGCCUGUCCAUUUGUGGGCCGAGAAGAAUCACUAUCUGAUGGGCCCCCACCACGCCUCAGUAGUCUCAAGUACAGAGUGAGAGAGAUCCCGCCAUUCCGAGCAUCUGCCCUCCCAGCUGCUCCGGCCCAUGAAGCCAUGGACUGCUCCAGUCUCCAAGAAGAAAAUGGUUUUGGGCCCAGGCCCCAGGGGGCCAGUCCGUGCCUUGCAGGUGCCUCUGAGGAAAUGGAGGUAGAAGAAGAAAGGCCAAGAGGCUUGGCUCCAGUCCCUUUCUCUGUCUCAGGCAUAGGCCUGAAAAGCCAGGGCAAACAGGAUGGGUGAGAGGGGUUAGUCCCCAGCUCCCUUGGGGGUGGACCUUCCUUUGAAGCCGCAGGGCCCCCUUGGUGCACAGCCUUGACUCCUCCCUGCGGCCUGUAGAGCAGGCAGGCCAGGCCAGGCCAGGGUCAGUCUGGGGGCUCCAAGUGCCCAAUGGCUGUGCGUGAGAGGGGAGGCAGCAACGAAAGCCCUUCCUAGUUAGGGCCAACAGCUGAUACGAAGCUUCUGAAAUCCAGCAAGGAGCUCUGGCUCCCAUCCGGCUCCCAGUGCACUUGCCCAGACAGGACCAGAGGACUCCUAGUUCUAGUUUGAGCUGGCAGGCAGCUAAUACCCCAGGUUCUUCUCCCACCCCAGGUCUACCUUUCGCCCUUUCCUGGGUCAUACAAGCUACUGGAUGGAACCUGGAGCUCACCAGGAAGCCAUAAAAGGCAUGGCUAUUUCUCAGACCUUAAGACCGGGGAGCUUCUUGCCAGGAUGUCUAAGACACUUGAAUAAUUGCUGUUUGCACUUACUGCAUGGUCAGACCACAUCACUACAUUUCUAUGCAAGGGGAUGGUGAGGCAGCGUGGUGGUCAUGGCUCUUAGCUAACCUAUUCAAAAAUCUUUUCCAGUUGAUUAAUCUAUUUUCAUAUUUAUGAAGGAAUCUUAAUGUUCUGCCCCAUAAAACUUUCAACCUUGUGGUUGGGAGUGGGGCUGGUUUUGUAGGCCUCAGGGCCUGCUCUAUGUAUUUGUCAACAUGUGAUACACUCAGUUGGUUAAAUGGUUUAUACAUGGACUGAUUUUCUUCCCUUCCUGCUAUGGCUGGAGCUGUGGGAACAGUCUGUCCUUACAGAGCCGCGAUAAGAAAUAACCAAAGAUGAAGCUGGUCAAAUAUUUUCAUAACUUGUUUCUGUUGAUUUUUUGGUAAUACUUUUUCCCAGACACUUUCAGAUUUAAAAAUAAAGUCUAUGUUACAGGUG